AUGGUAAAAGAGGUUGAUGUCAUGAAGGAUGCUGGCUCUGUUUCGUCCGCGUCGUUCCAUAAUCAGGAGUAUGAUAGCGAGAAGGGAGGUAAAGCGGGGAAGAGGUUUGAUAAGUUUAUAGGAUCGUUUCAAAGACACGAGGCUAUUAUACCGGAGGAUGUUGAUUUAUCUUUAUUAAAUGAUUAUGAGCGGAGUAACUUUAUUCUUGCUCAUCAGCCGUAUCAGAAGACUUUGUCACAGAGACAUUUAACUAUGAUAUCCAUUGGGGGUACGUUAGGUACAGGGCUUUUUAUUGGUAUUGGUAGUUCGUUGGCUUCCGGUCCAGGUGCUUUACUACUUGGGUUUUUGCUUGUUGGUUUGUCUAUUUUUUGUGUGAUUCAAGCAGCUGCAGAGUUGUCUUGUCAAUACCCCGUUUCCGGAUCCUUUUCUACACAUGUCUCAAGAUUCAUAGAGCCAUCGGUGGGGUUUAUGGUUUCUACUUCUUAUGCUUUGUCUUGGUUAAUUUCUUUCCCAAGUGAACUUGUAGGUUUAACUCUUACAAUUGGUUACUGGAACAAUAGUGUGUCGCCUGGGAUUUGGGUUGCGAUAUUCUACCUACUAAUUAUGGCUAUGAAUUUGUUUUCUGUCCGUGGGUUCGCAGAGACGGAAUAUUGGUUAUCGAUCAUCAAAAUCAUUGCAAUCACAAUUUUUAUCAUCAUUGGUAUUGUCGUUAUUUGUGGUGGCGGUCCAAAUAACCAGGCAGGUUACCUUGGCACUAAAUACUGGCAUGAUCCGGGCGCCUUCAAGAAGCCUUACUUUAGUGGUAUAUGCAAUACAUUUGUUUCUGCGGCGUUUUCUUUUGGUGGUGCUGAAUUGGUUUUGUUGACUGCUAAUGAAUCCCGUAAGGUUGAAUCAAUUUCCAGAGCUGCCAAGGGUACUUUCUGGAGAAUUGCAAUCUUUUACAUAUCUACCGUCGCUGUUAUUAGUUGUCUAGUACCAUAUGAUAAUGAAACUUUAUUGGGCAAUGGUGAGGGCGUUGCUAAUUCUCCUUUUGUUAUUUCCUUGGCGAACACCGGGCAAUUUGGCAAAAAUGUUAGUCACUUUAUGAAUGCUAUCAUUCUUGCUGCUGUUUUAUCAGUUUGCAAUUCCUCUGUGUAUGCGGCGUCUCGUGUUAUUCAAGCCCUAGGUGCUUGUGGCCAGUUACCAUCAGUCUGUGGCUACAUAGAUAAGAAAGGAAGACCUCUUGUUGGAAUUGCUAUUUGUGGUGUCUUUGGGCUAUUAGCAUUUUUGGUAGAAUAUGAUAAUGUUACUGAAGUUUUUAAUUGGCUCUUUGCCCUGUGUUCUAUUGCUGCAUUUGUUACUUGGUGGUCUAUCUGUCUCUCCCAACUGAGAUUUAGAAGAGCUUUAAAAGUUCAGGGUCUUGGAAAGGAAGAAAUUGCAUAUGAAUCCAUGAUGGGUAUCUGGUCUGGAGUUGUCGGAAUUGUUUUGAAUACCAUGUUAAUAUGUGGUGAGAUAUACGUUGCUAUUCAUGCAUCUAUUGAUGAGCACAGUGCUAAAACAUUUUUCCAAUACUGUAUGUCGAUUCCUGUAAUGAUUACAGUUUAUGCAGCCCACAGAAUAUAUAAUAAGAAUUGGCAUACUUGGUUUGUCCGGGCUAAAGACAUUGAUUUGAGUACCGGUAAGAAAGCUGAAGAUAUUGAAUUAAUGAAGCACGAGAUCAUGGUAUCUAGAGCUAAGAUUGCCGCAAGUCCCCUUUACUACAGAAUAUACAGAUUCUGGUGUUAA